UGCAGUAUUGUCCUGGUUUGUUCCCCCCUCCCCGUGUUAAUGACACCCUCAUCACGACUCUCUCCAUUCAUGAUGGGAAGAGCUGGCUUCUCUGAACGGGGGGCUCGUGGGUGUCUCACAAUUUUUUAUUUAUUUUUUAUAAUUUUUGCAGCGCCCUCGCAGUCAGCCACGUCUUUUCAUUGAGUUACACACACACUGAAUAGGAUCACGCUGUAGGAAAUGUACAUUCAGAGCUGCUGCACCAUGUGAUUAGUGUCUUUCAAAGAGCUUGUCACUUACACUCCUCCUCUGCUCUGCUUAUAUUCACACGCUCCUGUCCGACUCAUUUAUAUAGAGCAUGAAUGUGUGUGUGUGUGUGUGUGUGUGAAUGAAAUGACACAAUUUUCAGGCUGAAUCUAGGGGAUGAAUGAAUGAAUGAAUGAGACGUCUGGCUAUCCGGGGAAAAAAAAGGUGAUGUUUAGCUCUUUUGCAUCAUGAUAUCUGACUCCCCCACUUUGUGAGUGUAGUGUGAGGCAGCUGCUGCUUUGAAACACAGAGAGAGAGAGAGGGAGAGAGAGGAAAGCGUCCUUAAACGUGGGCUGUUGUGUAAUCCCUCCCAGGGCCCCUUUGCUAUUUUUGUGCCUGGGUCCGCACGUCACGGUUGGGUAUUUUCUCUGGUGACUAGCUCGCAUCAAUAGAUCUUCUAAUGUACACCCAGUCAGCCAGCAGCUUCAUGACUGAUGGGACUUUACCUUGCUAAUUUAUUUCAUUAUUGUUGUCCGGGGGCAUGAGGAGAAUGGAGAAAAGGACUAUGCAGCAUGAGGAAUGUCACAUGUGACUGUCGAUAUGGGACAGGGGACUAUUCAAAUGUCAGAUGACCCUUCCCCGCAGUCAAUUCACAUAUAUGUUAAUAUCACCACAGUCACAUAACAGACAGUGUCCUUGAAAAUCGAUCCCAAAGAAAGUGACAUUGGAUUCAUGGAGUCACUUGAAACUACUGCAGGGGUGAAAAGCUCCACCGAGGGUCAGGACAGAAAUGUUGCCCAGAAAAAAUGUACCUCAGAGGCAGCGCAGACUAAAAGGAGUCCAUCGGUCGAACUGGAAGGAAAGGGGUGGCACCAACAACUGCAGGAAGGUCAGAGCACAGACACGUGUGGUUUCAAAGAAAUGUCUGACUCAGGGAAAUCACUGCAAUUAGAAGAUCAGCACUCCCAAAUCCAGUCCACAAGCCAUCAAGACUAUGACGUGUCUUCAUAUCCACAACAGUCCACAACGAAAUCAUUUCCCACUGGCAGACAGAAAGCCGUAGGUCACUUAGUUUCUGCACAGUCUCCGGGUCCCGCGUCAUCUCACAGGAAGUCCACCAGUUCACCUGAAGUCCAACAACAGUGCUCCCAUUCAGGGAUGGAUCAGCUGUCAGAGACGACUGUGGGUAAGGUGGAACAGAAACCACAAAAGCCUGGGAAGUAUGUUUGUGAUUACUGUGGCAGGGCAUGUGCCAAACCCAGCGUGCUCAAGAAACACAUUCGCUCGCACACCGGGGAACGGCCCUACCCGUGCGUCCCCUGCGGGUUCUCCUUCAAAACCAAGAGUAAUUUAUACAAACACAGAAAGUCCCAUGCUCACUCUGUGAAAGCUGGAACAGUGCCACUCUCUGAACUCGGUUCUUACAAUGCCAAUACAGACCAGGGGUCUUUUGAAGGGGAAGGAGAGUUAUUCUCUGAUGCUGAGCAAAGCACGGACACGGACGAGGACACUCUUAACGACCCGCUUCUGCUGCUGGACUCUCCAGUGGAGGGAUCGGAUAACACUGCUGUAAAAGUACUAAAUCUCAUUGCUCAGAAAAAGGGAGCCACGUCAGUGUCAGCUCAGGAUGGUUCAUCCCAGCCCCAAGAAAUCAAUGCACCUCCUGCCGCUGCCGAGGCUAGCCGUGCAAUUCAAUCUUGCACGAUCAAACAGAGGCUUGCACUUCGGCUGUCUGAAAAAAGAAGCAGCGACUCUGACCACAAUUUGUCCCUCCCGAGUCAGUCGAGCAAAGGCAGCACGGACUCUGGAUACUUCUCGCGGUCCGAGAGUACCGAGCACCAGACCGGUCCCCCGAACACGAACGCAAAGUCCUAUCAGGAGAUUAUGUUCGGGAAGUGUUACAGGCCAAGCCCCAAACAGACAGCAGCUUUUGUGGCUUGUAGCACGGAUCCGAGCGAGUACACCGGGAUGCGUUCGGAGAAAGGCGUUUCCCGUGUUUUCACCCAAGAGAAAGACACAGUUGAGUCAAUCAAAAUAAACACAAAGUCGUUCACUCGGGAGGAGGUAAAGGAACCCCUGCUGGACGCCGGCUCUGAUGUGGGGCCUCUGAUCAGAAGCAACUCAAUGCCAACGUCCUCGGCGGUGUGUCUGCCGAUGCCUCAAGCCCUCAGAGGCAGCCACUCGUUCGAUGAGAGGACGAGCACCGGCGGCAUGAGGAGGCUCAGGCGGCAAGCUGCUUUCGAACUGUCCGCGCACGACGGCCACGCGGACGCCGAAAGUCACGGGAAGAUGGGCGAGAGCGCCGUUUCGCCCUCAGGAUUGGAAAUGGAAAAUUACCCCUCCGCGGCGUCUAAUAUGAGCCAUCAGAGACACGCGAUGGAGCUGGCAACUCGGAAGCGCCGAAAAGAGAAGAGGGAAGAGGAAGACUUGCCAGGUCAGUAUGAGGCCCAUCAUGAACAGUGUGAAGAAAUGUUUGAUUCGAGCAAAGACUACGACUCAAAGCAAGCUGCGGCCGGCAUGAUGGCUUUAGGGAAAGGACACUCUUCAAGUAUGCUAUCACAGAUGGACAGGUGUGACAUGGACAUAUCAGUGAGCCUCGAAAUGUCCGGUCGAAAAACUUUAGGGAACGUAAUAUCCGUCAUCCAGCACACAAACUCCAUAAACAGGCCUUACUCUGAACAGUCAGACUCGUACAAGUAUCACGGGCAGAGACAGGAAAGUAUUUCUUCAUUUCAAGCUAUGGAGGCGAGUGAAUCAUACGAGAUGGAAAGGAGUGACGGUAGGCUAAGGCAAUCGUUUCAAAUGGGCCCCAAACUUGUGCGACAGCCCAACAUACAAGUCCCAGAAAUCAGGGUCACGGUGGAGCCUGACAGUCCAGAAAAAGCUCCAGAGGUUCAGGUGAAGGAGCCAGAGAAGCACGUGGAGGAGUUUCAGUGGCCUCAAAGGAGUGAAACUUUAGCACAAUUCCCUCCAGAGAAGCUCCCCCCAAAGAAGAAAAGGCUACGCUUGGCUGAUAUUGAGCACUCCUCGGGCGAAUCUAGCUUUGAGUCCGCCUGCACCAGUCUAUCCCGCAGCCCGAGCCAGGACAGCAACUUAUCUUACAGCUCCACCUUCUCCUUUGACAGGGAGGAGAGCUUGAAGUCAGUCUCUCCAGCCAGGCAGGAUGAAUUUGGCAAACCACUGGAGCUCUUAGCCGUGCCAGGGAGUGGGCACUCCCUCUCUGUGCUCAACCAGCGUCAACAACAUGAAAUGAGACGCUCCUCCUCGGAGCAGGCGCCGUGUAACCUGCGCAAGGAGUUCCCAGAGGUCCGCAGCAUAUCGUUUGACUAUGGCAGUCUUUCUCCGACGUCCAAAGUUAGACACGUGGACAUAAGCGCUGUGAGGGAGAGGAGGAGGGGGAACUUGGUGCGACAGGAGUCGUUGAAUAUGGACACCGAGGUAACACAAGUCCCAUCUCAAGUGUUUCCGCAUCAGUACCUCGGCAGCACCUCCCCACCAUUCACAGCAGUCGCUCUUCUACCGCAGACUCUGCCAAUAUUUUCCACCGGGAAUACGUUCCCCCAGCUGUCACACCCGAGCCUCUUAGUUCCUGUAAGAAUACAGACCCAUGUGCCAUCCUACGGCAGUAUCACGUACACUUCAGUAUCUCAGAUUUUCGACAAUCAGUACGACGGCGUUAGCUCCACUACGUCCACCGCUCAGAACCAAACCUCACGUCUGUCUGGAAACCUUGAUUCUCACAGCGCUUACACCAGACCGCCUUCGACGCACACCCUCAACGUCGAAGCCCUCGAUUUGUCGUCGGCUAAGCUCAAGACGGGCAUCCCUCUCUCUCUGACCUCCAGAACUAUCUCGACCACUAACGCCUCCAGCGGCGGAGCAAACAAACGGAUGCUUUCCCCCGCCAGCAGCCUGGACCUUUUCAUGGAGGUCAGGCAGCAAAAACGUGUGAAAGAAGAGCGAAUGUUUGGGCAGAUUGUAGAGGAGCUGAGUGCUGUGGAGUUGGGAAAAUGUAAUUUGAGUGAAGAGAAGGGGCACAGGUCAGAGAUGCAGGGUGCAUCCACACCUCUCGCUCAGGAUGACUCACGUAGAUUAAUAAAUAAGUUUAUGACACUUCAGCAAAAAGUGACAGAGGCCACUGACCAUGGAUUUGAGUCAGCCAUGGAAAGUAGCUCACCUCCUUACUCCAUGAUAUCAGUCGGUGAAGUUAAAGAAGUUGGCGUGGACAAACGAGUGCAGAUGGAUAUGGUCGCACAGCUGGUUACCAGUCAAGACGUCCUGACCUCAGACGCCGAGCAUCCGAAGCCGUUAUCUCAGUUUCCAAGUCUUCGCACGACGACGGGCGUGAGCUGGUGUUACCUCAACUACACCAAGCCGAGCUGCUCCCACAGCAAUGCCCCUUUCUCCUCCGUCUAUGCCACCUGGUGCGUGAGUUCCCACAACCCGAACCCGCUCGAACUGAGCACCAGCGCCGCUCUGGCUCUGCUGCAGUCCAAACAGAGGGGAGACAAGGUUAUAUACACCGUGGCCGCCAUGUGUCAGCCCGGCACGGGGAAACUGGUUUCAUCCCUCAUCCUGUGGAGGCAGACCGUGGAACAGCUGCAGAGGAAACCCGAACCCAAAGAGGUGGACAUCACCUACGGGAAGAAGGUGAAAGACAUCGGCUGCAGGGUGAAAACUACCAAGGAGGAGUGGAAAGAGAGGGAGGCCACCACCUCCACCGCCCAAACCAUGCCGACACGCAUUAAGAUCUUCGAGGGAGGGUACAAGUCCAAUGAAGAUUACGUGUACGUUAGAGGUCGGGGCCGGGGGAAAUACAUUUGUGAGGAGUGUGGCAUUCGCUGUAAGAAGCCGAGCAUGCUGAAAAAACACAUCAGGACUCAUACAGAUGUGAGGCCGUACAUCUGCAGGGUCUGCAACUUUGCUUUUAAAACUAAAGGAAACCUGACGAAACAUAUGAAGUCGAAGGCGCACAUGAAGAAAUGUCUCGAACUGGGAGUGUCGGUGACGAUGGAUGAGGCAGAGAUACAGGAACACGUGGACGACAUCCAACAAGAGUCCAAGACGGAGGUGGUGGUCACAGCCAAACACCAGUUCUCGGACGCGGAGGACUCCGACGGCAUGGACGAGGAAGUUGACGAAAUCGACGAAGACGACGACGAGGACGACGAAUACGAGGGCGACUCCACUCCGAAGCUGCGUUCGAGGAGCACGAGUCCUCAGCCGUGUGGAGUUACCUCUCUGUCGGUCACAGCCACCGCCGCUAUCCACGGAUAUUCCCUCACCUCUCUGCCCGAUGCCGACGUCCGCCAACAGUCCUCUGGCAGGCGGACAGGCUCGGACCAUCGACCUGUCCUUGCAGCAGACCAGAGAGAAAAGUCUGUGGAUGAAGACUCUCUGACUAUGCUGUCUCCAGACCAGGCCAGCUUCCUGUUUGACCCCUAUUCUUCUUGUCUGCUCUCCCCUGGUUGGGAAUCUCCCAUCAGGGAACCCUCCCCUUCACGUCUACGUUACCCAUCCCCGAGGCGAGAACUCUCCCCGCGAGGUCGCUCCUCUCCCAGAUGGGACACCUCUCCGCUCAGGCCGGGUUCACCUAGCUUCACGCCCAUUCAGCACCUCUCCCCGGGCUCGAUCGAACGACCCAUGUCCCCUGGAACAGAGCUGGCCGGGAAGCGAGAGUCCUCGGUCAGAGGUCGACAGAGAGUCGUGCUCAGGGCGGUUUCACCACGCCGAGGCUCGCAUCAACACAAAGGCGGCGGAGAUAAAACUAGACACCAGGCGAAGAUGGAGAUGGCUCAACAACAAGCAGCCUUUGAAAUGGAAAUGGAUCAAAGGAGCAGCUUGGCUUCCAGUCUGCCUGCCGCUGCCAGUUCUCAUCACCAGAACAUCCUCAGCCACCUCCCUCUUCACUCCCAGCAGCAGGCCCACAGUUUGCUCCCCGUCGUUCCUGUCGGAGGGCUCCAGAUGUUGUUACACUCCCCGCCUUCUUCCUCCGGCACUGAUGUCACCGCUUCCUCUGCGCCAAGCCCCCAAAGCAGCGAGGGCCAGCGUUGCAGCAGCAGGGAGGGAUCUGUCCACGGGCUCGAGACUGGAGGAGACGACAUCAGAGGCCAGAACCAGCUGUCCUCCCAUCCGGCUGCUCAGGAGAAAAGCCUUGACCCCGGUGUCAGCGAUAGCAGACAGGAGGAGAACGUCCAGACCUGCUUGAAAGCCAUCGCCUCGUUGAAGAUCACAACAGAGGACCCUCACUGAAACUGUCUCCUCGAUUCGAUCUGGGGAACAGACGCCCCACGCUACACCUUGCAAACCUUGUCAUCCCUCGGCCCUUUAGGCACAUAACCUCAUCUUUAAUCCCAUUAGAGGCAAUAUGAUAACACUUCCUCUUGGACUUGCACAUACUACUACUCCAGACAGCCUCCUUUUUAAACCUGAGCGGAGACCAAGCCUUCGCAGCGAAGAAGAAGAAAUGUCUGAUGUGCUCCUCUCUCUCUCUUCGGAGACUCUUUGAAAUGAUUGGACGAGAAGCAAGGUGGAAAAUCAAUUAUUGGGUGCAGGUGCAAUAUGGAAAGAUAUUAUGCUAAUAUGCCUUUGUUUGACAUAGUAGUUUGCGUACAAUUGCACAUAAAUUAUAUUUAUGGAUUCUGUACAAAUGUCCUUAAACAUAUACUCCUUAGAUGCAUACAAACUGUAUUUUACUGUAUGUGUACUUUGAGAAAUAGACUGUUGUUUAAUGUAAUCAUAUCAAGGUGUGAUGCAGUAGUGCAGUAAAUAAAGACUAUUUAUAAGGGGAAAAGUAUGUGUAUUAUGAAACAGUCUGACCAAAUUUUAAGUAGACGCUUCUUGUGCAGUUUGGUGCUUCUAAUCAAGCGACAAGGAUCUCGUGCCUUUAUUUUGCUUUUCGGCGUUUUUCGUUAUGAGGGAGGUUGUCGAGGUUUUAUCGGAGACGGAGAGAGUUCGCUCAAAGGAAAAUAUUUUUCUUUGUUUAUUGUGCCGUCGGUUCUGCAGACAGACGGAUGGACGGGCGGACGCGGCUUGAUUUACGUGAAACAAUCUUAACGAAACGUUUCUUAUGUUGCAAUUUUUUUCUUAAUGUCGUGGUUUUUAAAUCUUGGUAAAAAAAAAACUAAAAAAAAAACAUGCAUGGGAUUUGCUAUUGCACAAAAAUAGAGGAAGUUAAUAUGUAAUUAUGAAUACUGUAAGAUGUAUUUAUAUAUUAGAACGUGAGCACUUAUUGAUACUGGUAAAUAUUUGACUACUAUUUAUAUGGUAUAUCUGUACUUAUGCAGCAGUGAUGCAGUUAUGCAGUGAGCCACGCCGGCGACGCUUUUUCGAUCUCAUGUCUUUGCUUUGAUUAAAACAGCUUUUUUUUUUCUUCUUCUUCUCUCUUAUACAGAUGACCAUAAGCGUUUUAUGAGUUUUGACGAUGCACUUUCAUCCUUUUCAUCUUUGAUGUUUUUUAAAAAACUGACUCGGUCAGUGAAAAACGGGCGGGCGGGCGGCGGGUUCGGGGGGGGGGGGAGUGAAAACAUGUUACGUUCUCUUGUGGUUUUUUGAAACAUUCCAGUCGUUUUUUCACGUUUCUCAUUUUGUGAAACACGUUGCACACAGAUUUCAAAAAGGGGCUACGAUGAUCAGUCGAUAGUGUGUUUUAUUGCAUUUUCAAGUGUAAAAAAAAAAAGAAAAAGCUGGAUAAAAAUCAAUAUCACUUACUGUAAGUUAUACUAAAAAGUAAUGAUGUUAACUGCGUGAGUUGGUUGACUAUGUUACUGUGCUUCAGCUCAAAAUGUAAGUAAUCAGUCACCAAAUGCAUUACUUCUUCUUCUUCUUCUUCUCUGUAUAUAUAUACGUGUAUUUUUAUGAUUUAAACUAUUUUUGCAGUGUCGAGAAAACUUUUUACGUAGAGUGUUUGUAUCUCUUCAAGAGGUAAAAUGUCGGGGCGAGGAUAGCACAGUGUCGAUCACUAACACCGUGUGUCGUCUUUAAGAGGAGAAAAAAUGUGUAUUCACAUCUCGGAGAGAGAGUUUGAGUCAGAAAACACUUUGUUCACUCAUGUUUACAUAAAGAAAUUUUAAAAAGGUGCACUGCUUUAAUUUUUUUUGUGUUUUUUCCCCUUUUUCUGAAGAUGUAUGUAGCUUUAAUUUUUGUUUUUUUUUCUGAUUUCACGGUUCUGUAAUUUUUAUUUGUCGUGACAAUGACGAUGCAGAACGCUUCAUAAAAUGUGAAGGGGGAAAGCGAAGCCUUCUAAUUUAUGCUUUUUUUUGUUUUUUUGCAUUGUUCAGAUUGUGUUUGUGUGUUUUUUUGUUUUGUUUUUAAAAAUCGUGUAUUCAUAUUUACUGAACUGCAUUGUGCCUCUCAUGUCUAUGAAAUUCCCUGUAAAACACACAGAGGACAAAUCAUUUUACCUCUCAGCUAAGAUUUUUUUUGGAGGGGAAGAAAAAAACAAAAACAAACAAAAAAAUAGAGCGAAAAAAACCUCAGUAGCCAAUCCGUUUGUUUUAGCGAUUUGCAUCAAAACUGGUUAGUUCAGGACGGAGUGCCUCUUUUAUGCUAUGGGGACUUUAUUGUUUGGUGCUCUACUUUUUCAAAUUAAAAUUCAAAAAUUGUUUUAAAAGAAUAUACUUCUAACCCAA